AUGAGGACUGCCCUCAAGGAAGACCUUAAAGCCUCAGCCGCUGAAGCAACCUAUGGAACAACCAUUCGACUACCCGGAGAAUUUUUCACCGAAACGAAAAACAAGCUAUCUACACCAGAUUUCAUCACCGACCUGAAGAAUAGAAUGUCAAAACUACGACCUACUCCGACAAGCAACCAUUCGAAGACAACACCUUUCAUCCAGAAGGAACUAAGCAACUGCCGCCAUGUAUUUGUGAAAAACGGAUCAAUCAAACCACCUUUAACUCAGCCUUAUGAUGGACCAUUCCGAGUACUACGCAGAAAAAAGAAAGUGUUCAUCAUCGACAUUUGUGGAAAGAAAUCCCCAACAUCCGUCGACAGACUGAAAGCUGCCUUCAUCGAAGCCAAUGAAUUAGCAUCAAAACAGCCUAAACCCCCUCCCCUCCCGGUUAUCCGAAAGGAUCGCCAAAGUAUUUUUUCUGAUACUCAUUGUUUUCAUAUUGGUACCCUUCGUCAGUUCUAA